CCCCGCGCCAGCCAUGGAGCCCACGGCCCCCCGCCGCCGCCACACCCACCAGCGCGGCUACCUGCUGACGCGGAACCCCCACCUCAACAAGGACUUAGCUUUUACUCUGGAAGAAAGACAACAGUUGAAUAUUCAUGGAUUGUUGCCACCUUGCUUCAUCAGCCCAGACAUCCAGGUCCUUAGAGUAGUUAAAAAUUUUGAGCGUCUGAACUCAGAUUUUGACAGGUAUCUUCUUUUAAUGGAUCUUCAAGAUAGAAAUGAAAAGCUCUUUUAUAGAGUGCUAACGUCUGACAUUGAAAAAUUCAUGCCUAUUGUUUAUACUCCAACUGUGGGUCUGGCUUGCCAACAAUAUAGUUUAGCAUUUCGGAAGCCAAGAGGUCUCUUUAUUAGUAUCCAUGAUCGAGGGCAUAUUGCUUCAAUUCUUAAUGCUUGGCCAGAAGAUGUCAUCAAAGCUAUUGUGGUGACUGACGGAGAGCGUAUUCUUGGCCUGGGAGAUCUUGGCUGUAAUGGAAUGGGCAUCCCUGUGGGUAAAUUGGCACUAUAUACAGCUUGUGGAGGAGUGGAUCCUCAACAGUGUCUGCCUAUCAUUCUGGAUGUGGGUACAGAAAAUGAGGAGUUACUUAAAGAUCCACUGUACAUUGGAUUACGACAGAGAAGAGUGAGAGGUCCUGAAUAUGAUGACUUUUUGGAUGAAUUCAUGGAGGCAGUUUCUUCCAAAUAUGGUAUGAAUUGCCUUAUUCAGUUUGAAGAUUUUGCCAAUGUGAAUGCAUUUCGUCUCCUGAACAAAUAUCGAAAUCAGUAUUGCACAUUUAAUGAUGAUAUUCAAGGAACAGCAUCUGUUGCAGUUGCAGGUCUCCUUGCAGCUCUUCGAAUAACCAAGAACAAACUAUCCGAUCAAACAAUACUAUUCCAAGGAGCUGGAGAGGCUGCCUUAGGAAUUGCACACUUGAUUGUUAUGGCCAUGGAGAAAGAAGGUUUACCAAAAGAGAAAGCCAUCAAAAAAAUAUGGUUGGUUGACUCAAAAGGAUUGAUAGUUAAGGGUCGUGCUUCCUUAACACAAGAGAAAGAAAAGUUUGCUCAUGAACAUGAAGAAAUGAAGAACCUGGAAGCCAUUGUUCAGAAAAUAAAACCAAGUGCCCUCAUAGGAGUUGCAGCAAUUGGUGGUGCAUUCUCAGAACAAAUUCUCAAGGAUAUGGCUGCCUUCAAUGAACGGCCUAUUAUUUUUGCUUUGAGUAAUCCAACCAGCAAAGCAGAAUGUUCUGCAGAGCAGUGUUAUAAAAUAACCAAGGGACGUGCAAUUUUUGCCAGUGGCAGUCCUUUUGAUCCAGUCACUCUUCCAAAUGGACAGACCCUAUACCCUGGACAAGGCAACAAUUCCUAUGUGUUCCCUGGAGUUGCUCUUGGGGUUGUGGCAUGUGGACUGAGACACAUCACAGAUAAGAUAUUUCUCACUACUGCUGAGGUUAUAUCUCAGCAAGUGUCAGAUAAACACUUGGAAGAGGGUCGGCUUUAUCCUCCUUUGAAUACCAUCAGAGAUGUUUCACUAAAAAUUGCUGUAAAGAUUGUGAACGAUGCAUAUGAAGAAAAGACAGCCACAGUUUAUCCUGAACCACAAAACAAAGAAGCAUUUGUCUGUUCUCAGAUGUAUAGUACUGAUUAUGACCAGAUUUUACCUGAUUGUUAUACUUGGCCUGAAGAGGUCCAGAAAAUACAGACCAAAACUAACUAGUAGCAUAAUUUAGCCAACAUUAACUUCAUUAUUGAGAUCUUGAAGUCUU